UUUCAAGAGUAAAUAUGGAUAUAAGUAUAAGGUCAAUCAGGAUUAAGGAUUAUAAGGAUCAUGUGGUCUCGUGUGUCUUCAAUACGAUGUGGGGUAAGAUUCUCCAAUACUGAGAUGCUUUCACGUUCAUUGGAAACACAACCCCCCUAAGCAAGCCUGGUACAAGUUGAAAAUAUUCGGUACAAAUGCUGGCAACUAAGACAAUCUGCAUUAUCGGAGUUACAGGGAACCAGGGCGGUUCUGUCGCCCAGCGAUUCCUGCAAGACCCUACCUAUCAUGUGCGGGGGCUCACACGCAACCCCUCUUCUAGCAGAGCUCAAGUGCUCGCGGCGCAAGGGAUAGAAAUUGUCAAGGCCAAUCUCGACGACGUACACAGCCUAAAGGCAGCAUUCGCAGGUGCCAACCUUAUCUUCAGCGUUACCAAUUACUGGGAACCGUUCUUCCGCGCAGACUGCCGACAGAAGGCUGCCGAAAUCGGGAUAUCCUGCCGCAAGUACGCCUACGAUGUUGAAUUGCAACAAGGCAAGAACAUUACCGACGCAGCGGCAGAAACCGUCGAAUCAUUGGAUGAGAAUGGGUUUAUCGUGUCGACGUUGAGCCACGCUGGGAGAUGCAGUGGGGGAAGAUUCAGAGAGCUGUAUCACUUCGAUGCGAAGGCCGACGUCUUCCCUGACUACGUCAGAAGCAGUCAUCCUGAAUUGGCGAGGAAGAUGUCUUGUCUGCAGACGGGAUAUUUCAUGUCAAGUUAUAAGCUCGUUCCGCAUGCUUACUUUGGAAGAGCUGAUGAUGGCUCUGUUGAGAUGACGUUUCCUACUGCCCCAGACGCAGCGGUACCCCAUUUCCAGGUCAAUGAGGAUAUGGGGAAUUUUGUGUAUGCAGUGUCUAAGAUGCCACCUGGAAAUAGUUAUAUGGCAGAAGGCACGACGUGUAGCUGGACGGAGUAUAUGAGUUUGUGGAGCCUCGUGAAUUCAGUUCCAGCGUCUUAUCGUCAGAUAUCGUUGGAGGAAUUGAUCAAUGGGACACCUGACGCUGAUUUUGGUCGCGAAGUCGGUGAUAUGCUUGUUUAUUCGACAGAUCCAGGGUACCAUGGAGGUGAAAAGGAGUUACUGCGUGCAGCAGACAUCCGACAGGCCGGAAUAGACUGUCCCAUGACUAGCCUGGAGCAGUGGAUGAGACAAGAGGACUGGUCAAGCGUUUUGCGACAGUAAUAACAAAGCAUCAGAAGAGAAUACCACCAUAGCACUCGGAUUUGACUAUCCGAAAGAACCCAUGUUUGCCUUGUCAAUUAACAUGCUUGUUCUCCACAGACGCGCGGGGUAAGUUAGCUGAUUAGUGACCUUAU